CUCCAUGAUGGUCUCAAAAUAAUAACACCUGCCCAGCCGAUACAACCAAACUCUACACCCGUAUAACGAUAUUUUGCAAAUCCUAGCGAAACCGACCCUCUUCCCGUCGACACCGAUUAGAGCAACAUUCGCUCGAAGCCAGCAAGGCCGCGCUCUCAUUUCUCCUCGGCCGUAAUUCGUCUCGAGCUAUAUCUCAUUCUCUGCCAGACAAUCACAACCACACGCUAUACAUAAUGAGCUACUUCCGAAUUACUCUUAUGCGGUCGGCCAUUGGCCUGCCCGAGCGAACGAAUAUGGUUCUGCAUGCCCUCGGCCUUAAGAAGCGAAUGGCAACAGUUUUCUACCCCGUGUCCCGCGAUGUAGCCGGUCAAAUCAUGAAAGUCAAGGAAUUAGUGUCCGUGCAAGAGGUUGACCGGCCUCUAACAAAGACAGAAGUUCAUAUGCAGCGGAAACCAGAUCUCGGGUAUUACGUCGAAAGAACAUCGGAGCAAGAAUGGGAAGGGAGGCGGUAUGAAUGAUAGUGGGAAACUUGGUGGUUUUGCAUAUUCUAAUAUUUCGGUUCUAUCCCGGCGCAAUCUCUUCUUGAGCGGCAAAGAGCUUGUGUGUUAUUUCGCUAUGACACUUGUCAGUCGACGAAUGUUUUAUUAAUUGGAUUCUCCGCCGUUUGAUGACUGAGCACUGGUGCAAACAUUCAUCAUUCUGGGGCGAUUGUACUACUACAUUCAUUGCAUAUUUAAAAGCACUG